AUGAAGACGCGCGUCAACUUGCCAAUCCUCAUUGACCUGCCAAUCUUCCCUCCCCUGGGGACCUGGUCAGAUUUCUCUCCUGAAUCGGAAGAAGCAGUAUCUUUUUCAGAAAACAACUUCGAACGUUUUUGGGAGGGUAGAAUCCGUAUGACAGUCGAAGACCAAAAUAUUCCGCAAGAUGACCGGCCUCCUUCUCCGCAUAUUCCUUCAGAUCAAUCUCAGCUUCCCGCCAAUUAUAUUCGUACCAAGUAUCACCCAUCCAGCGGCCGGGAGCCCAGAGAGGAGUCUCUUGAAGCAUUUCAAGUUCAGGAACAGUCAUCCGAAGAAAACAUCCCAGUUGAUGAUACACUCUGGUGCCCAUAUCGAUCCCUACUUGACUUCGAACUUUCAGAAUGCAUUCUAGAGGCUGCUUUAAAUGAGGGAGAUACCGAUAGCCUGCUGAAGAAUAUCGCAAAACAAGCGUAUCUUCGCACGCCAUUGAAAGGAGAAGAUUAUCGCUUUGAUGUCUAUCACCGAGAUCUUUGGUCCUGGACCUUGGAUAUUCUCCAAGAUCCCGUCCUUGUGCCUCAUCUUGUCUGGGAUGCUCAGAAGCUAUUUAGACACCAGGGCCGCACAUCUGAACGAUUCUAUACUGAACCGUGGACAGGUAAUAUCUUUUGGGAAGUGCAGUCAGCGCUUCCCAACGAUGGGAAACCCAUUUGUUAUAUUAUCUAUGCAGAUAAAACCCACCUUUCUUCAUUUGGGACAGUUCAAGGUUAUCCUGUUAUCGUUAGACUGGGAAAUCUUCCGGCUCAUAUCUGUAACGGACAAGGCAUUGGAGGUGGGAGGGUAAUUGGAUGGCUACCAAUUGUACAAGAGGAGCCUCGGCAUCACAAUAAACCCUACUAUGCCGAUUUCAAGAGGACUGUCUGGCAUAAAGCAUUCGAGAUCAUUCUUUCAUCCAUCAAGGAUAGGUCGAAACUAGGUACUUGGGUACAACCUUCUUCCUUAGAUGCCACACCUUGGCACGUCUUUCCUACAAUCAUGAUUUUGUCAGCAGAUUAUGAAGAGCAUCAGCGCAAAAUGGAUAAGGCAUACAGACUUCGAACUGCAGCCUGGAGCCAGGGUCUCUACAAUGAGGCUAGAGAACUGACCUCUGCUUCUGAUCGAAAUGCUCUUCUUCAGCCGUACGGUCUACGUUUUGUGGAGAACGUCUUUUGGAGCAUUGAGCACUGUGAUGUUCAUCGUGCUCUCUCCUUCGACCAUUUGCACGCUUUUCAUAAUGGUCUUUUUGGCAACCACUUGCGCAAGGAAGUUAUUGCAAGAAUUGAGAAAUUAGGAUCUUCAUUUAGUCAACAAGCUGAUAAUCAGUCAGAAACAUUUCCUUCUUGGAAGGAUUUGUAUCAUUUCAAACAAGGAUUUAUGAAUGUGACAUUCACUGACGGACAGAAGUACGAGGCCCUUUCGAAGCAACUAAUCUUUAUCGCCCACAAUAUUCUUACUCAAGAAAGAGAUCCCAUCGGAUAUCUUCUUCUCCGAGCCUUACGAGUGUAUAUGGAACUGGAUAUGUAUGCUGGAUUGUCUCUCCAUACGUCUGGCACUCUUCAAGCAGGACGAACCAAGCCAUUGAUAUUUGCUGCUUUGAUUGACGUAUAUCUUUCCCUUGAUUUUCUGAUCUUUGACUCAUCGGAUGCAGACAAGCAACCGUCAAAAAAGACAUUCAAGACGUGGGAAUUUCCAAAAAUCCAUUCGCAUAAACAUCUUUUCAACGACAUUGAAGCCAAAGGUGUAACACUCAACUACAAUACGAAGCCAAAUGAAAGUAUGCACGGAUCGUUCAAAGAGGCAUAUCAGCGAUGCACUAACUUCAAGGAUUUUGAAAAACAGAUUCUCAGAAUUGAUUUGCAUGACCGGCAAGCCGGUCAAGCUCAAAGUGCAGAAGCAGAAGCGGAAGAGGGUGACCCCUCGCUUACUGAUGAAGAAGAGGCGGUAGGGCAACCAGAUUAUACUACGGCUGCUUCGGUACAUGGCCAUCAUGGAAAAGGGGGAGGGAAAAUGACAAUCGCUGAGGUAGAAGGAAGAGCUACCGACAAUCGUAACUACCGAGAUUUUCAAGAGCGCCUGUCAGCCCACAUGCAAAAUCAUUUCAAGGAUAACCCAGAGGAUCUCCCCUUGGUCGAUGGUACAGCUGCAGCGUUUGAAGGCUUCUCGCCUGAAGAUCUGGUUUGA